GCCAAAUUAAUUGACAAUACACAUCUGUACGUAGCAACCACGUCGAUCUUCCAGAUGUGUUUUGACGUCCUAAUCGAGCUGAUAAAAUAUCAACACCCACAGUUGUGAUAGUAAUUGAAACUCGUGAUGUCGGACGGGCUGCUCCGCGGACAGCGCACUAAAUCUUACGGGAGUUUAACCUCGUCUCUGUCCAUCCGACAAAAACGCAUCGAGCAUGAAGUUCAACCAGGAGAAACGUUACAAGGCCUGGCUCUGAAAUACGGCGUGUCUAUGGAGCAAAUCAAAAGAGCAAACAGACUGUACACCAACGAUUCAAUAUUCCUGAAAAAAUUCCUCUACAUCCCUGUACUCGCAGAAUCUCUAUCAUUUACCAGCGAGAAUGAACUUCGUGACGAGGAGUCAAGUCAGAAAGACAAAGAAAGUAAUUCACAUCAUCACGUUUCUGCAAAGAAUGGAACAGACUCUGAAAGUCCAGAAGUGGCUGCAGAUCUUUCUCCAUCAGACUAUUUCAGAAGAAUGGACGGUUUGAUCCGGGAAUCAAAACAAGCCGCCGUGAAGACGUGUCAAACAGGAGAAAAACAGUUUUCUUCAAUGGAAACGCUUCAAUACAGCAGUCAGAAUACCAGGAGCUCUCCCCCGAGCCAGCUGGCAAUGCUGGGCGCUGUGCCACUUACCAUCACUAAACGUACCAGAAAACUGAUGGACAGAGAAGACGAGAUCUUUCAGCUCUGACGCUGUUACCAAAGCUUUCUGGCUUCUGUGAAGUGCUCAGGGCAGCAGGUUGGGGAUUGUACGGUACUUAAUGUGCGAACCAUAGACAGUGGUAUGAUGGUAGCACAUCAUGUUGGUGUACACAGAAAAUUAACACUACCUUAUUGAGUGUGACUGGCAACUUGUUGACACGUGACAGAUAAGAAGAGAACCAAAACUAGUAAGAUGUGUAGACUUAAAGGAAAGAAGAAGAUCUACACUCACUGUCUACUUGAUUACAACCCCAAAUCAGAAAAAGUUGGGACGG